AUGGGGCAGUUGAUCUCAGGGAGCAUCUCGAUUCCCAUUCCUUGUCAAGUAGCUCUGUCUGCUCCUGUUUCGAGUAUCGAGGUCCCAGGGGAUUUUACGAAGGUAAUGCAUCAACUUGCCCAGUAUUACAACAGUGACGAGGAGGAGUCGUCCUCCAGCGAGCGGUCGGUGGAGGACAGCUCGCGUCGCAGUGAGCUUGGCUCGCAGCCAAGUGAAUUUGACUCGCGCCGCAGUAGGACUGAGCGCGACAGCAGAAGUGAGCGUCGCAGUGGAAGUGAACGUGGCUCAAGCCGCAGCGGAAGGAGUGGACGCGACUCGCGUCGCAGCAGCUCAAGCAGCGAAGGUCAAAUUAUUCAGCGAACGUUCAGUCAGAAAGAAGCACAAACGGCACAGGCGAAAGAGGGCAGAACGACGGGACUCAGAAUUCUGGACGGCGUCGCAGUGGAAGUGAACGUGACUCAAGCCGCAGCGGAAGGAGUGAACGCGACUCGCGUCGCAGCAGCUCAAGCAGCGAAGGUUAAAUUAUUCAGCGAUGACUCGACAGACAGAGAUUCAUCGUCCAGCUCACUUUCUACUGCGGGAUCGGUGAGCAGUGAAAGUAUGAGUGAACGUUCGCGUUCACCUUCCGCCAAAAAGAAAUCGCAUUCGUUGUCGGAGCAUUCCGCGAUAAGUGACGCCAGCAAAUCAUCAUUAUUUGCUCGACCUCACAAUCGAGUAGGACCUUCAAAAAGCGCUAUAUUCGUGACACAUAGUCAGACUUCGUUGGUUGCAUAUGGCUCAGUUGAUGACGAAGAAGAAGAA